AGUCUUCAGCCUUGUCUGUCUGUCAAAAUUCUCGGAGAGAGGUUGAAAGCGUUCUCUUUCUCUUUCCGCUUAUUAUUCUAAAAAAUGGAAGAUAGAAAGCUGUUAAUAAAAAUUACGAGAACGACAUUAAAACAAGCAUCGUUUUUAUGGGCGGAUGGUUUUAGAGAAGCUUGUUGUCUUCACAGAGUUAUUGUUCUUUGCCGCAGGUCGAGACGGCUCUUAAUUAGAACCGGACAGUGUUUUCUUUUAAAUGGUUUCAUUUUCUUAGGAAGUUUGUUUGUCCUAAACUCUGUUGUUAUCCCAAUACUACGAUGGAUAUUGCCUGAUCAACGCUCGCAGAUCAGUUAUGGAGGAACGUCUGCAUUUGAUGGUGUCUUAAAUUUUUAUUCCCUCUUACGUGGGUUACUCGUACAACUAUUUUAUGUAUUUUGGUUCUAUCCCUUGUACGUCUUCAGCUUUAUUCUGAGCAAUCUCUGGUACAAUGACAUUGCUAAGCAUGGUUUCGCUGCAAUGGGAAGAUCUGGACCUUCUGUGGUGGAAUCCUCAAAACAGAAUGAUGCAUUGAACUCAGACAGCAAAAUGCAUGCAGCAAAGCCUGCUGGCCUUGGAUGGAUCAUGAUUGAAAUAGGGGAGCAGGUAUAUUCGGUGCUUCUUUUGAGUUUCUUUUUCUUAGAGGUUUAUGCCACAGGAUUUAUACCCUAUGUUGGAAAGGCACUCAAUUUUCUACUUCUUUCUUGGAUGUAUGCCUAUUACUGUUUCGAGUACAAGUGGAACUUUUCUGAAUGGGGUCUGGAGAAAAGGCUAGACUUCUUUGAAACUAAUUGGGCAUUCUUUGCUGGUUUUGGAAGCCCUUGUGUUCUGGCAAUUUUCUUUUUCUCACCUCUUGUGAGCUAUGGUGUUAUGGCCAUACUCUUUCCUCUGUUUGUUCUUACUGCAACAGGCACAGAGGCAGAGCAAGUUAUUUCCACUCAAAAAGGAAAAUGGACUGGUGCAAAACUGGGGAGGGUUCCAGUAUUUUAUGCAGUCGACCAUUUACUGAGGCGGGUCUUGUCCCUCUUCCCAUUGGAAUCUCAAAAACAAGCACUAGACAACAAGUCACUUUAACAAAUUCUGGCUUAUGCUCUCACAAAUUCUUGAUAGAGAGUCCAUUUCUGCAAGGUAUGAAUAUUUUGACUGGCAGUUGCCCUGCUUUUCUUCACAACACUGCAAUGGCUGAGCAUCAUAUCAUUUUUGUUGUAUCUUUGUGUACAUAUAAGUAUGUAAAAAUGUGUAUUCUGCCUUUCUAAGAUUAUCAAAAGUGUGUACAGUAUUUGGUUUAUAAUAAA